AUGGUGACUAGAAGACGUCGAUUGUCGGAACCUCCACUGGACGAGCAGGAGCAAGAGAAUAUCAUUGGGCACUUUGAAGCACAGGCUGCUGCUCAAAGGAAAUUUUAUACAAAUGUAUUGACUGUGGUCAUCUUGACGAGCACCCCGGCUUUUCUUGCUCUGCCAUAUUGCCGCCGUCAUGCUGUGCUCAGCCUCGAGUCAUUGAUUGCAAUCGCAGCCGCUGCAUAUGGCCUAUACCGUGGUGUGAUCAGGGUUUCAAAUGCCAGCCUUGGCCUAGCGGUUGCAAUUCUUCUUCAAGCUUACGUCCGUAUCACCACCCGAAGCUCUGCAGACUACGUAUGGCUGAUGCCACUUACUGGGGCUUUAACGUCCAUUAUUAUCCAGAAAUGGUUUGGCCAAGUUGAUACCCAAAUUUCCCUUCUGAAAAAUAGUCGCUACGAGCUUAAAGGUGCAUAG